AACGCUAGGUGUGUAAUAAACGAAAGAGACAGCCCGGAGGAGGAGGACUUGUUUAAUUGAUAGUUUAUUGUUGCAAGUAAACAACAAAGGAUAAGGGAGGAGCAUGCCAUCCCAACCCCCGGGCAGGACUGUGAUUAUACAACUUCAGGAUACAUGUGGAAGUAGCACCAGGAAACUAAAAAGAUACAAUGGUAGGGGACAAGAGCUAAAAAAAAAUAAAGGCCUUAAUUUAGUCAAAGGAGGACUGACGAAGCGAUACGGGAUACAGGUCAGAAGAAGAAGAAGACUAGAAUCCUUGGAAACGCCGAGAAACGGGAGGUCGCCAUAUUGUCUUGUGAGGCCGGGACGAGCGGGGAGGGCAAGCACGAUGGAGUACCGCAUGAUGGAAAAUCUUUUGACGUGCCCCUAUAAUAGCAGCCACCAGAUUAUACCUCAUCGGAUGGCAAUGCACCUUAUCAAGUGCAAAAAGAAUUACCCAAACAUGGACAUGAAGGAAUGCAUCUUCAAUGCUGUGCAUGUGGUGCCGGCCUCAGAGUUCCAGGCACACCUGCUGAGCUGCGAGGACAAGCAGCUUGUGGAGCGAGAAAUCUUCAGCCGGCCACAAGUAAAGAAGGAAGGCCCAUUGGUGAAGCCUGAAGCCGUGCCAGUGGAGAAUGUUUCCUUUACAUGUGAGGACUGGGAGUCAGAGCGUGUAGAGUCUUCAUAUUCUCCUGAAGCCAGCAUCAUCAAUAAGGAAUUCACCAGACCUCCUCCGUCUGGACUUAGCAAAAGUGCUCGCAAGCAAUGGAGAUUGAAUGAGAUUGAACGAGUGAAACGCCUCCAGAAUGGACUCCCAGUGACCAGUGCCCAGUCCGCAUCUCCAGACAAUCAUUUAUCCAUGACAAGUUCUGUAACAAGAAACAGCGAUUGGACUGCUGGUGGUGCUGUUCCAAAACUCCAAGAUAAAAAUGUUAAGAGUAGUUCAUCAAGUGCUGAAUCAGACACAAAUAUUGGACAAGUGUCCCAAGAUGGAAAACAGUCUUGUGGAACUUCUGUCUCAAGUGCUGACCAUCCAACAGAGCUUGACAGUUUGAAGAACCUCACCAACAACCCUCGGGUUUGUGAGAAAAAAAUCCAAAGGCUUGAUAUGGGUGGCUACAUUAAGAAUAAGCGAAAACUAGAGAAGAAGCUUUUUGAGAUUGAGAAGCUGGAAAACUUAAAGGAAAACUUCAAUCAGAAACUGACAAUUCAAGAAGAGAGCAAAAUUGUCUUGAAGGAAAGCAUUUUGGAACAGCUGAGAGACUUGAUGACCCACCUCGAUGUGUAGCAUUUGUAGCACCUGUAGUUUAAUUCAAGAUUUGAACUAAAGCUAGUGCAUCUGUAGUUUAAUUCAAGAUUUGAACUCAAGAUGGUACAUCUGUAGUUUAAUUCAAGAUUUGAACUCAAGAUAGUUCUUCAAUUAUUUUGCAAUUUGUUGAAAAAAAAGGACCUCAGAUCAUAGGUGUAUACUAGAUCUUAUUGAAUUUGGUUAUUUUUAAUUUUGAUUUUAAGAUAUUCACAUGGACAAAGUCAUGUGAAGCUCACAGCUACAUUUUUUUAUUAACAAAAUAUUAAUGAAAUGAUCAAUUCCUAGGUAUUAAUAAUAAACAAAACAAAAAAAACACUGAAAAUUUUAGAUAGUUAUUGACAAAAUCAUUGUACUGCCAGUGUAUAAUAAAGAAAAAUAUUGCCGAUAAUGUGACAAGGAUAUUAGAAACGUCAGAUCCAGUUUUUUUAACCAUAAAAAUUUUCAAAAUUUAGGUAAUUCAUGGUUCCUUAACCUUUUAGCCAAUAAAGGUAUUUACUUCAUUCAAGUGGCAGAUUCAAGACAUCUACAAGAAGAAGAAAAAAAUUAAGCUAACAUAUGUUUCUUGCAAGAAGAACCAAGCAUAGUGCUUAAAAUAGGAUUUUAUUUAAAGCAAAGUCUCUUUGCAGUUUUAGCAAUAUGUAUAAUGAAGUUUUAAAAUAUAAUUUACAUAGGAAUGGUAAUGGAUGAAAAUCAAAACCCAAAUAUACAUAUAACAUUAGGCAUACAAAAGAGUUUCUCUCAGCUGUCACAAAAGAACCACUGGGAUCAUUAAUCAUUAAUGUUGAUUGCUGUUUGUGAUAUAUCACCAUCUCAUCUAUAUGAUAGGAACAUUAGAACAUUAAUUUGAAAACAAUAGGAGUAAAGGCUUAAAUUUAUAA